GCGUGCGCAAUGGCCGGGCAGCGCAGCAGACGGGCAGCCAUCGGGCCGAGACCAGGGAGAACCCAUCAUUGUUGGGGACCGACACUUAAUUAUCAUCACAGGGGCGAGUGGGUGCUGGGCCGGGGGCGCAAUGUCUGGCUACCGCCGGGUCAACUACUACGAGCUCUGCCGGCUGUGCACUUCCAGCGAGGGUGUGAAGGUGCACAUCUUUCGCGAGGAGGGUCGGCGCAGACAACUUCCCACCAAGAUCCAGAUUUGCCUUCCCCUUCAGAUUCACGAUGAAGAUUCCCUGCCAAAAAUUAUCUGCGGCUCAUGCGUGGAAAAAAUCGAGUCCUUCUACGAGUUCAGAGAGUCGUGCAUCAACGCUGAGGCCAUGCUUGACAGUUACUUUACCUCCAUGAAGUACUCUGAAGACCUUGCAAAGGACGGAAAGGUCUAUGUGAAAGAUGAAACCGUGGCCAAGUACAGCACCAAAGAAGAUAAGCAGCAACAUGUAGUAGUACAACAACAGCAGCAACAAGUCCAACAGCAGCAAGCGGUGAUCCAGGAGGUGGUUCAGAACGGAAAGUCGCUGAACGACGGGCUCAACUCGCUGGUGCAGGCUGCCGGGAUCGCAACAAUCAUCGAGGAAGCGCCCGUUAUCCGCACCUCGGCCGCCGCCCUCCAGUACAACAGGGUGGUCGCCGAGGCCACCAAUGACGCCAGGGACACCAUCAAGGAACAGCCGCAGGAACAGUCUAUCCAGCCCGUGGUGCAGGCUGUUGUGCAGGAAAUCGACGAUCGUGGUGUGAAGCGGUCGGCAGAGGUGAUGGGCCUUGACCCAAACAUUCAAAUCGCAAUCCAGCAGACGCCGAUCACUUUCUCCGCCAGCCAGGACAUGCUGAUGGAGUUUGGUUUCAUCAAAGACAAGGAUGGGUUCCUCAGGAGCGUCACUACCUCCACCACGGAGGAACAAAAUGCCCUUUCUAGGUCUUCCAUCGCACAAAUCGGCGAGUUCCUGAAGAUGAAAACGGUGAUUCCCGUUCUGGCGGACGGCACAAGCGUGAUCACGGGCACGGGCCUGAGCGAAGAAGACGAGUCAAAGGUAUUGCGCGAGGUGGUGCAGAUCUGCGGCCGCUGCUGCAAGACCUUUGACAGCCAGGAGGAGCUGGUGAACCACGCAUGCAUGAACACCAUCACAAUCGCAGCCGCUCCCGCGGCUAACUCGACGACCGCGUCCACCACCUCGCCGAGCAAAAAGGCAAGGGCUGGAAACAGCAAAAGCAACAACGAAUUGCAACCGGGCGGACCAUUCCCAUGCCAAACUUGCGGAAAGAUUUUCCGGCGGAAGGAGCACCUGUUCCAGCACAGCAAGCUGCACACUGGCGAGCGGCCGUUCGCGUGCACAACGUGCAGCAAGUCGUUCUCGCGCAAGGAGCACCUGGUGCGGCACCUGUCGUCGCACACUGGUGAGAAGCUGCACUCGUGCGAAAUGUGUGGCAAGUCGUUCUCGCGCAAGGACAACCUGCUGAAGCACCGCAAGACCCACGGAAUCGCGGGCCCGUUCGUUUGCCAGACGUGUGGCAAGAGCUUUGUCGUCAAGCACUACUACCAAAUCCACAUUGCCUCGCACUCCAAGGACCAGCCCUUCGUCUGCGAGACUUGCGGCAAGAAGUUUGCCCAGAAGCAGUACCUAAUCACCCACCAGCACAGGCACAAUAGGAAAGCGCCGGUAAAGUCAGAGGUGAAAAAUGAGCCUGACCAGACAGAAACGCUGCUGGUGAUCCAAGACGGAGGUGGCGGCGGGCAGCAAGAAAGCUCCUCAGUUGUCCAGCAGCAGCAGCAGCAACAGCAACAGCACGAUGUGCAGCAGAUAGUGACGGGGGGCGGGGGCCAGCAGCAGCAGCAGGGGGGCGAGCAGCAGACGUCACAGGUGGUGCAGCAGAUCGGCUCGAUCAUCAGUGCCGUGCAGCAGCACGACAGCCACCAGAUAACGCAAGCCUUCCUUAACAACACGGAGCUGAUCGAGUCGUACCGGCGCCUCAACUCGACGUAGUUUCCCGCCGCUGCACCGGACUUGCAAUCAAUUGUGAUACCUUUUUGAAAGAAACACGUUGGCCCUUUCGUGCUGGUUCGUGUGUUGAAUAUCAGGUCGGCAAGCCCCCUCAGGUCUCGACAGCAAGCUGGCUAAUCGAUUUAUUUAGGCUAUCAUGUGAAAUGAAUCCCUAUUCAUUGCAAAUUUUUAAAUUGAACUUGACGAGAUUGAUCAGUUGAUUUAUCUCAAAAUUAGCUUAAGUUUGAAGGACAUGAUGUGUGAUGAAAAAUUAAAUUUUUAUUUGAAGCUAAAAUUUAUUAAAAUCAGUGCAGUUGGAAUUUUUGGUAUUGGACGCAACGUUUGUCAUAAACACUGGAUAAAGAGAGAUUUUUUGACGUCAUCACUUGUCAGGGUGGUCAAUUUUUAUAGCGAUUUUUAGAUUUUGCAAUUUGAACCAAAAAAGAAACAUAGUGGCCAUAACACUGAUGACGUCACAAUAUGGCCACAUUCUUUGUUCAGCGCUGUAAGCUGAUUUCGAAAAUUCCAAUGGUUCUUUGAUAUUAUGAAAUUUUAGUUGAUCUUAUUAUCUAAUUAUAUUUUUCAGUUUGCACAUGUCCGGUAAUAUUUCACUAAAGAGGAGUGAUUUUAAUGGUUUUUUAAUUAUGACAGGAGAGAAAAUGGAUUAUUUUCAUUUCUUAAUCUGAUUUUCCCAUUCCUAUAUUUUGUCGAGUCAUUUGAUGGACAAUACUUGUUUAAGGGGUAACAAAUCAGUAGAAAUAUUUUAUUUUUUUUCUUUCCGCAAAGUAUGGUACAAAUAAUAAUGCUGUUUUUUUCUAAUAAAGCAACCCCUUUCCUUUGAACCUUUUAAAAUAAAUCGUUAGGGAAAUCGAAAGUGGUAGCUAUUGAGUUCUAGUGAAUUUUGAUUGUGUGAUAGUAACAACCAGCUGACGAACUGAUCAGGAGGCCGAGCCGUUAGAAAGUGCCUUUUCGAGGUGGACGAUCUUAAAGCCGGGAUUUGCUGCUGCUGCUGCCGAAACGCGCACCUAUUAAUUAAAUUCUGCGUACCUUGUGCAGGAAAACUCAUUUCUGAGUCCUUUUUCAAGUAAUGAAAUGAAACUGUAACAUUCAGUGCGAUGUAAAUAAUGAUCAAUUUUUAUUUGAUUGAUGUUGAGAAGUGGACGUCAUAUAAACAUUAUAUUACAUUUGUGUUUGCAUGCUAAUCACAAAACAUACACACAACACAGAGUAUAAUCGAGCGCAGUUUAUUGUACGUAUAUUCUAUCCAUUCGUGAAUGCUAUUGUGUACAUAAAUCUACAUGCGAUUUAA